AUGGCUGACGGUAUUGAUCAGUCCAUGGACAUUUUGGUCCCAAUUUCGUGGUGCCUCGUACUUGCAAUUCGAGUAUGGGCCGUUUGGGCGUGGAAACCUCUGAUAGGGAUUAUGAUUGUCGUGUUGUCGGCAGCGUGCGGGAUUCCUGGGAUGUUCUUCCUCUCAAGGUUCUUAAACGGAAUUCAAUACCCUGAACUCGAUAUACCUGGCGCGUCGGAACCACUUCAAAGAUGUUUCUAUAGGAUGACGAACAAGGAAGUCGUUGUGCCUUGGAUCUUGUUGAUGGUUUGCGAUAUGGCUGGUUUCAUCCUGAUGGCGAUACCUGGGAUUGGUGCCUAUCGGGACGGUGGAAGCUCGGGCCUCGUAAAGAUCGUCUAUCGGGAUGGUGUCAUCUACUAUGCGCUGACCUUCAGUGAGACUUACGUUUCGUUGAAGGAAUUUCUUCAAACUCAUGGCACACCAACAGUGGUAUCGCUGAUCAAUGUGAUCGUCAUCCUCCUUCUAUCCAAUGACCUCGUACUGCUCCUCUCCGGCCUCGAACGCGUCCUUCACUCUAUUCUCGCCAGCCACGUCAUUCUUCACAUACGAAAAAUGGCUUCUCAAGAUAAUGGCCAGAUGAGAGACAUGUCAACCGGAAUGCUGGCGACGGUAGAGUUCAGCUCUGAAUUCACAAGAACCGAGGACGUGUUCGCUACGAGCAUGUACUACCGAUCUGGUUUUGAGCUCGAAGGACAGCAACUGGAAGGCGAUUUGGGGAGUCCGGUUCCACCUACCCGUUCUGAAAACCAUAAUUCCCAAUCCAUGGCCAACGGAACACGGAGCUGA